AUGCCGUUGAGAGCAAAGGUUACCGCCCCUGCUUUUGCGGGUAAUGCAAAGAUGUCUACAGCUUCCGAAUCGCAGAAACAGGCACCAGAAGUCAUCAAAGAGCUACCUGGAGAUGAACCAGAGGAUGUCAUCUUCAAUAAUUUAUUUGGCCUGCGGACAAUUGAGCUCAACCGACCGAAGAAGCUUCACUCCCUCAAUGGAUCUAUGAUUCGGAAGAUUGUGCCCAGAUUACAAGAGUGGGCGAAGUCGGAUAUGGCGAAUGUGGUGGUCAUCAAGGGUUCUGGAGACAAGGCAUUUUGUGCUGGCGGAGAUGUCACACACCUUGCCAAGGACAACACACAGGGAGAGGAGGGCCAAAACAGAUCAGCAGAGUAUUUCGCCCUCGAAUACAAGCUCGACCAUCUUAUUGCGACAUACCGUAAGCCUUAUGUGGCAUUCAUGGAUGGCGUGACGAUGGGUGGUGGUGUUGGGUUGAGUGCACAUGCCCCGUUCAGGAUAGCUACGGAAAGAACUGUUUUCGCCAUGCCCGAAACGACGAUAGGCUUCUUCCCGGAUGUCGGUGCCUCAUUCUUCUUGCCUCGGAUGCCUGGAGCGGUUGGCACGUACCUUGCCCUCACGAGCGAUAAAUUGAAGGGCGUCAAUGUAUAUUAUGCUGGCGUCGCAACACAUUACAUCCAUUCGACUUCUCUGCCCGCACUUGAACGCCGUCUAGCUGAACUUAGAUUCAAGGACUACCAAUCACCCAGUGAGCGGCUACAGCUUAUUGAUUCAACUAUCGAAGAAUUUGCUACCGGAUUACCCCAUGAUGAGCCAAUGAUCCUCAGUGGCAAAGUACGGAACGCCAUCGACCAAGCAUUUGGGAAAAACAGCGUCGAAGAAAUCUUCAAAGAAGUUGAACUAGCCACUCGUCGUCACGAACCUAAGGUGGCUGAAUGGGCAGCCAAAACCCAACAAACACUAAAGCAGCGGUCGCCCACAAGUGUUUACGUGACUGUCAAACAAAUGAAGCUCGGCAAAACCUGGUCUAUUGCGGAAACAUUCCAGCGAGAACACCAAAUUGCUGCCAAAUUCAUGCGUCAUCCUGAUUUCACCGAGGGUGUGAGUGCGUUGCUUAUCCGGAAGGACGGAAAACCACAGUGGACCCCUAGUACCCUCGAAGAAGUCGGAAAGGAUCCUAAGCUCGUCGAUUCAUUUUUUGAAGUCGAGGGCCAGCAACGGCUGCAAUUGCUGAGUGAUGGGGACUAUAAGGAGUAUCCUCAUCAUUUUGGCCUUCCUAGUGAGAGCCACGUCGAGGCCGUUGUGAAAAGGGGAGGCAAGAGUGUGAAAGAAGUUAUCGAUUAUUUUGUGAGGGAAAAGCGAGGAAAGCAAGGUGUUAAGGAAGUAGUGUCGGAUGUGCUGCAGAGAAGAACAGAGACCCAAAACGGAAAGGCUUUCUGGAAAGCAACCUAA